AUGAAUCCAUACACAAUAAGAAAUUUUUGGGUUCCAGCAGACCCGUCGGAUAACAGGCAAUGGGCUCCAAUGGAAGCAUCCGAUUACAGGCGCUUUGCUCCCACAGUAUUAGCAGUAGCAGUAAAAGAUAUCUUGCCCGUUGAGCUUAACCCUUGGCAACGGGUUUCCGCGGAAGCAUCCGACUUCCGGCGGUGGAUUCCAACAGCAGCAUCAGAUUUCUUGCCCGUUGAGCUUAACUCUAAGAAGAGCAGUGCUACUCCGUCAGUAGGUCUGAAGAUGGUUGCGGGGUCCGCUUAUCUUCCCAAAGAUAACCCUGAAAAGCCCGAAGGCGACGAUGCUCACUUCGUAAGCUUAGAGGCGCAGACAAUUGGAGUCGCGGAUGGUGUUGGUGGCUGGUGCAAGCAAGGUAUAGAUGCAGGAAAAUACGCAAGGGAUCUCAUGAAGAAUUCGAGGGUUGCUGCCGAAUCUGAGCCUAAUGGAGCAGUGAAUCCGAAGAGGGUUAUGCAAGAAGCCUAUUCCAAUACUAAGGCUCCAGGAUCAUCCACCGCCUGCAUCAUUACACUUUCGGGUAACGCAUUGCAGGCCGCAAACGUCGGUGACAGUGGUUUUAUAGUCGUACGAGAUGGGAAAGUCGUGUAUCAGUCACCCGUGCAGCAGCAUUACUUCAACUGUCCGUAUCAGUUGGGAAAUUCCAAGGAUGAUCCUAGCUUGGCACAGGAAUUACAAGUUGCGGUUCAAAAAGGCGACAUUGUUGUUGCUGGGACUGAUGGUGUUUUUGAUAAUCUGCAUGGAUUUGAGAUCGAAGAAGUUAUCAAGUCAAGCAGCAAUAAAGGCGACAAACCUGACUACAUGGCUUGUACUAUAGCAAAUCUUGCACUCUAUAAUUCGUUUGAUAGGUAUGCUGCAGAUACACCCUUUGCAAGAAAAUCAAGAGAAGCAGGCCACAGUCACAAAGGAGGAAAAGUUGACGAUAUUACUGUAAUAGUUGCUUGGAUCCAAUGA